CAGCAGUACACGCGGCCGCGACCCCAUCCUCCCAAGUCCCCCAACCCUAGCCGCCAGGAGCUGAGGAGCAAGCAAGGCAGUGCGCGAUGCGGCGAUCGGCGAUGGCGCUCCGCUCGACGGCGGACCGGUGCUUCGGCCACCACUCACCGUUGACAAACGUUAUUCAAUCAACGUUCAGUGCAAAUGCUUGUUCAAGAUGGGGAAGUCUUGCAAGAACUUUCAGUGCAAAACCAAUUGGAAAUGAGGUUAUUGGAAUUGAUUUGGGGACAACGAAUUCCUGUGUUUCUGUUAUGGAGGGAAAGAGUGCAAAAGUGAUAGAGAAUUCAGAAGGCACUAGGACGACACCAUCAGUUGUUGCUUUCAGUCAAAAGGGGAGCGGCUUGUUGGAACUCCGGCCAAACGUCAAUCUGUGACAAACCCACAGAAUACCUUCUUUGGUACGAAGCGUAUGAUAGGACUUGGUCGUCGUCUAACUUGCAACCGAAGCCGAGGGGAAAUCCACCCAGCGGCGGAGAUGAGUGGCGGUGGCGCGAGGAGGGUUCUGGAGGCGUGGAGGCUCGGGGUGGUCAAGUACGGCGACGCCCUCAAGCUCCAGGAGCGGCUCGUCGCCGACCGGCGGGCCGGCCGGGUCCCGGACCUCGUCCUCUCGCUGCAGCACCCGCCGACCUACACCUUCGGCAAGCGCCGCACCGACCACAACCUGCUGGUGCCGGAGUCCAGCCUGGGGGCCCUCGGCGCCGAGCUCCACCGCACGGAGCGGGGCGGCGACGUCACCUUCCACGGCCCGCGCCAGGCCGUGCUCUACCCCAUCCUCUCGCUCCGGGACGUCGGCCUCGGCGCGCGGAGGUACGUCGAGGGGCUCGAGGCCGCCAUGGUCGAGGUCGCCUCGCUCUACGGCGUCGAGGCGCGGCCGGGGGGCCGCUGCACCGGCGUCUGGGUCGGGGACAGGAAGAUCGGGGCCAUCGGGGUCAGGAUCUCCUCCGGGUUCACCUCCCAUGGCCUCGCCUUCAACAUCGAUCCUGAUUUGGGCUACUUCAAGCACAUCGUGCCAUGCGGCAUCGCCAACAAGGAUGUCACGUCGUUGCGGCAGGAGGCAAAAGUGGAACUCCCUCCUGACGAGGUGAUCCAUCAUCAGCUCGUGCAGAGCUUGGCCAAAACCUUCCGGUUCAGCCAUGUUGAAGUCAAGGAUGAUUCCGAGUGCACAGAGAUGGUUUACUCAGCUGCUGCGCAACAAUGAUGUGUAUUUUACUCUGUAUACUGGGAAUUCUUCUCAAUACAUACAUUGUUAUAAAUUUGGCUUUGAA